CAGACAUCAGCUUGAUCAGAGCACUUACAUUUCUGCUUUACAAUCCUCACUUACCUGUUUGAAAACAUGGCUAGUCAGGACAUUUUCAAUCAUGUGUAUGACAACACCAACUGGAAGAAACAGGAUACAUGUGAACAUGGGAAGUCUGGCAGAGAGAAGAAAGAUUGUCUUUGUGCAAUGGUUCUCUCUGUUCUACUCUUCCUGUCUUUAUUGGCUAAUGGUGUGCUGAUAUACCUGUAUUUCACUGCAGACACAAUGUUUUUGCAUUGUGAACCAGUCACAAACUGCUCGAAUUCAGAACAUGAACAAGGUAUUCCAAGCUGCUCAUAUAAGGAGGAUGUGAAGUCAUUAACCUACUGCCCAGAUUUGCAAGAGCAGUGGUUCAAAGGCAAAGGCAGUUUUUAUGUUUUCUCCAGCCUUUAUAAGAACUGGAGCUCCAGCAGACAGUAUUGCCAGGAUCUGGGUGGAGAUCUGGUCAUUGUCAACAACACAGAGGAAAAGGACUUUCUUGCUCAGAGACUAUGUAUUACUGGUGAAUCUAGUCUAUACUGGGCUGGCAACAGUAAGGGGAAUUGGGGAAGCCAUGAUUCCAAACAGAACUGUGCUGUACUUAAAGGAAAUACACAAGAGGACAUUUCUUGCUUGAGAGAAGAGAAAAGUAUUUGUGAAAUUCCAUGCCUUCAAUAAAUGCUACUCCAAUUACUGAUGACAUUGUAUGGUUGAAGAUGUUUUUGUGUUUCACUGUACUCAAUUAAACACAGGAUGUUGUAAUUACAGUAUAAAGUAAAAUUUUAUCGAAUGGCAUCUGUUUAGGUGCAAUGGACAGUUUUAUUUAAAUUGCCUUUUUAUUUUUGCUUAAUUGCAUUUGUGUCUUUGUUUCAUAUAUUACACUUCUGAUUUGGUUCAUUUUGACAAACAAACAUGACACUGCAAACCUUAGCAUCUUUUAACAUGUCGAUGUACAUUAAGCAUGUUCGCUUGCUGUUGCUUUUAAACCUUUUAAAAACUAUUUAUUGAUGCUAAGAUGGCAACAAUUAAUUAUAUGAAUAUUCAUUGAAUAUGAGUAGUUGCUCAUUUGUUUGGUAUCUUACAUUAAAUAUCCUAUGCUGUUUUGGAUAAAGCCAAAGAUGCAUUUUACAGACACACAGAAAGUAGAGAGACAUCUAGCUUAUCAACAUUUUAACCUACAGUACUGCCAGGAAAUUAUGCAUACCAGCAAAGAUGCUUCUGUCUAAAUGCUUAGAAACCCACUGCACUUUGAACACAUUGAAAUUACAUCUGUUUUUCAGUCCUGCCAUACAGUCUUUAGUUUAUAUUUCUAAACCCUCAAUGCAAGAAAUGAUUGGCACUCUUGGUCAGACUCCUAACAUGAGGUUUGGUAAUAAGAUUAAAUUAAAAAUAAUUUAGUGCCUGUAUUUUAGUGGAUAAUUUAAAGUGUCAGAUUAAUGACAAAGUGACGUCUUCCCUGAUUUAGUAUUAACUGAUUUCUUUUAACAUUUUAAAAAAAAUUUUUUUUUUACAACUACAUGCAAUUUACUGAAAUACCAGUUUUGUUUUUGUUGUUGUGUAAAGACAGUGUGUAAAACUGUUGUGAUUUAUAUGCACCACACAUAAUAUAUAAGUUAAAAAUAUAUAAUGUGUAUACAAAUAAAUCAUACAUUGUAUUUAAUUUGUGUAAUUUUUCAAUUUCCAAUUUUUAUUUUAUUAUUAUGUGUUACAAUAUAAUAAUUAUAAUUAUAGUAUUUGGACAGUAAACCCUCAUGUCACAAUAGCAACCUUUUUACUGCGAAUUAACAGCAAGUUUGUGAGCAGCAUUUAUGUUCAGUCAUUGGAGGUGGGAGUUUUUUUUUUAUUACCACUGGUGUGUAAAUGGAAUAAUUACAGAUUACCUUUAUAUGCUGCCAUUUACAUUUAUUAUAAUUGUAAUUAACCAUAUAAGAUGCCUAUCUCACAGACUUCCUUCAACAACCUUUCAAUUCUAUGAUUCUGUUAUACUGUACAUAACUGUGGUCAUAGAGUUUUCGCUACACCCUAUGCUCUCCAUGCUUUUUUUUAAACUAUUUUUAAUCUCUAUUUGAAAGCUCUUCAUUCAUUGUCAACAGGUUGUUUUUUUGAGAUGUUGAUUUUGUUUUUUGUUUUUUGCAUAAGUUGUCAGACUAGAGAAAAAUGCUUUAAGAAUAAAUUACUGUAAACAAUAAGACAAAAAUAUUUAUGAAUAAACUCUUUAUACUCAACACCUUUUUUUAUUUUUUAUUUUUUUGGAAAAUAAUGUAAACCAUUAGGCAUGCUAAGUAUCUUGCAUGGUUGAAAAUCAACAUGACCUGAGACGAGUCUGUUGAAAUCAUACACAAAACCACUAAGAACCAGCUGACUCGAAAUGCAUGCAAAGUCGUGUCGAUGUGGUUAACUGAAACCCCCAGACAGCUACCUCUCUUCAGAGUAUUUUAUUACCAGAGACCGUGUUCUUCAGUUUUACACUUCAGUGCUGGAAUAUACUCAGUUCAGACAAAAAAUGGCUGAAAAUAUUUAUUUAAACUGGGUAUCAGACUCCGAACUGAGGCCAGACUCAAAGCAUAAGGAUGGAGGGCAGUGUUCCAAACCAAUGCAGAUGCUAUUCACUGUUCUCCUCUUCCUGUCUUUGUUGGCAAAUGGGGGGUUGGCAUACCUGUAUCACAACAAAUAUGCAAAUUGGCACUGUGAACCAAUAAGAAACUGCUUGAAUUCAGACUUUCAUUUAGAUGUUCAACCAAUCAUCUCCUUGAAAAACUACAGUCCACCAAACUAUUGUUCAGAAAAGUGGUUCAAAGCAAAGGGCAGAUUAUAUGUUUUCUCCACUGAUACCAAGGACUGGAAAAGCAGCAGAAAGCGCUGUCAGGCUCUGGGUGGAGACUUGGUUAUUAUCAACAGUGGAGAAGAGCAGGAUUUUCUCUCUAAAAAUGUCAAUGGUUAUUAUGACUUCCACUGGAUUGGCUUAACUGACAGCCAGACUGAGGGGGUCUGGCAUUGGGUGGACAACGCCUCUUUAACCAGUUACAUUGCAUGGGAGUCUCCCCCAGAUGACUGGAAAGUAGAAAAUCCUGUGGGUGAAGACUGUGUUAUCUUAAAACAUGAUAAAUGGGGAGAUGUUUCCUGCUUGAGGCAGGAGAAAAGGAUAUGCGAGAUCCCAUGCUCUCCACCAUGAAACAACUCUCAACUGUGUGUAGACAAACUAAUUACAUGUAUAGCAAAUUCGCUAGAAAAUUUAGUCAUUCCAACUUCUAUUGGUUCUAUUUACAUUUGAGUUAUUUUUAAUUUUCAGAGGUAUUCUGAAAAUGAGUUGAGUUUAUACAGUAUCUUGUCAAAUGUGUUUUCUGUGUUAUGAUUUACUGUAAGUGUUUAGGCAUUGCAGGGGCAUAUCUUGAAUUUUGUUUAGGGGUGGCAUGCAGACUAUGAGGGGUGGCAACACUAAAGCAAGCACCAUACGUAGUUCUUAUAGAUUAUGGUACCAAGCUUCAUUGCAACAAAUACUAGCUUAUUAAUUGGAGUCACUAUCAAUUUAUAAAUGUACACGAAUCUGUGACAGAACUGCAUUUCCACAGGAACCACAUAGUAACCAUUUUGCUAUUGAUCUGCCAACAUUGAAACUUAUUAUACUAAAAAAAUAUAUAAAUAAAUAAAGUAACAAAAUUUCUAUGUCCAGAGUACCAAGACAUUGUCUAUCAAACACGUCAACAAAUUCUAAAUGUUCCUAUGCUUCACAUAUAGAACCGGCAAUCUGGACUAAAUGUCACCACCUUUGUUAAGUGUACCCAUGGAUGGAAAAUGCAUGCAUUCACAUGUUAUUCUGCUAAUAAAGUCCUAUAGGCCUAUCACCUUUGUAACAGCUGGAAUAAGCCAUUUGAAAGUGAAGAUUAACACAAAGUUAGGUCUAAAUAAAAAACUGUACAGAAAAUUGUACUGUGGGGGGCAGUGCUGCAAAACUCAUGAAUAUUAAUUAUGUUAUGCACAGUAAAAGAUUCUUUUGAAUUACCUGUUUCGAUCAACAGUAAUUCUUAAUGACCGAUUCAAGCACCCAAAUAAA